GCGCGCCAACGCUCGCGUCCCCCGCCGGUCCGCAGCCCCCUGCCCGACCCCGGACCCCGCAGCCUCCGGGCGAGGGAGCCGAGCCCCCGCGCAGCGCCCGGGCCCCGCUGCGCCAGCAUGUCCUCGACGGAGACCGCGGCGAGUCGCCCGGCGGACAAGUCGCCGCGCCAGCAGGUGGACCAGCUGUUCGCGGGGCUGCACUGGCGGCGGCUGGAGGAGCCGCUGGGCUUCAUCAAAGUUCUCCAGUGGCUCUUUGCUAUUUUCGCCUUCGGGUGCUGCGGCUCCUACAGCGGGGAGACGGGAGCCAUGGUUCGCUGCAACAACGAAGCCAAGGACGUGAGCUCCAUCAUCGUCUUGUUCGGCUAUCCCUUCAGGUUGAACCGGGUCCAGUAUGAGAUGCCGCUCUGUGACGAGGAGUCCACCUCCAAGACCAUGAACCUCCUGGGGGACUUCUCUGCCCCCGCCGAGUUCUUCGUGACGCUGGGCAUCUUCUCUUUCUUCUACACCAUGGCCGCCCUCGUGUUCUACCUGCGCUUCCACCGCCUCUACACGGAGGACAAGCGCUUCCCGCUGGCGGACUUCUGUGUGACCGUCUCCUUCACCUUCUUCUGGCUGGUGGCUGCAGCGGCCUGGGGCAAGGGCCUGACCGACGUCAAGGGGGCCACGCGGCCCUCGAGCCUGACCGUAGCCAUGUCCGUGUGCCACGGAGAGGACGCCGUGUGCAGUGCCGGGGCCACACCCUCCAUGGGGCUGGUCAAUCUCUCCGUGCUCUUCGGCUUUAUCAACUUCUUCCUGUGGGCCGGGAACUGUUGGUUCGUGUUCAAGGAGACCCCGUGGCACGGGCAGGGCCAGGACCAGGGCCAAGGCCCCAGCCCCGAGAGCACAGCUGAGCAGGGAGCCGUGGAGAAGCAGUAAGCAGCCCCCACCUGGCUACUCCCGAACAGGAUGCACCUCUUCAACCACCUCGGCUCCCAGGACUUCCCUCUUCUUGCUCCUCCAACUCCCCUCCCCCGCCACUCUGGGCUCUGGGCUCUGAGAAGUCAUCCACGGAUGGGCAGGCAGCAGCUGUCGGGAACCUGGGCAGCCCUCGGUGGCUUCCUGUCCCUCCUCAGCCGGAGCCCCCCAUGGCAGGAAUGUCUUGUCUACUGCUUGGACCCAGGCACCUCACCUAGGUGGUAGGGACCCUCACAGCCUCUGCUACAGGUGAGGGUUGGAGGCAGGAGACCAGAGUCCUGAGACUGGUUCCUAGCGGCCACCUCUAUCAACCUGUCCGGCUUCAAUAAAAGUGGGGGGAGGGAAAAUUGGCCGCAGCCUUCUUCCUGGUCCCUUGCGUGGAGGGCCCACCAGUGCUUUCGAGACCCCUCUUCCAUGGCUGCCAUCUAGGCCUCGUGCCUGCACUGCUCACCACAGAGCUCUAGUUCAGUGUGCUCCCCACUCUCCUCUGGCCUCUGCUGCCCGCUGAGCCCGCCAUGUGUGAGCCGGGGAGGCCCACCAGCCUGGCAAACAGCCUUCAGAGGGUCCUGGUGCCUGAGACUCAGUGGGGAGCAGAUACAUUGCAACUGCGUUGAAAUUCAAGAAACUAAAGCCAGGAAACUUGCCGGGGAGUCAGUUUCUUCUAUUCCCUCAGUCCUCCCGCCCCUCCAAGCUGGGGCUCUUGCCACCAACUCUCUAAACUCACAUUGGCCCUCAACUCCUUGCCUUCCUCCCUGACCUCCCUCUUGGGCUUGGUCUCACACUUGGGACACAACCUGAGGGGUCUAAGAGCACCUCCAUCUCAGCCCUCCCCUCAACCUCUCUGCCCAUCUCCCUCCCCCUUGGGUCUGAGGCAUUCAAGAUCCUUUUCCGAGUCUGGCCAGGCCUUCCUUUCAUUCCUGUGGGGCCAGACAAGGGCUUUGGAAAGGCCCAAAGGACCAUUCGUGAGGCUAAGUUGCCCCGGACCCCAGGACAUGGAUGGAUGGGCCCAUUUCUUCUGCAUUCUCUGCCCCUCCCCUCUCCUUCUUGGCCCCUCUUUCAUACUUCCCCUUCUCACCUUACAAAUGGACCUGCUCUCUCCCUUUGCCCUCCUGCCUCAUCCUUCCCCGGCCCUAUCUCCCCACCCCGUCCAGGGCAGGCCGAUGCUAUUGGUGCUUCUUCAUUUCGGGACCCAGUUCCAUUUUUGUCUUUGGUGUGUCUCCUCUUCCUGGUACCGCCUUCAGUCCCUCUCUGAACCCCCAGGCCUAAGACACAGUGCCGACAGGGUCAGGGCCAUCUGUCCCCCACCCGGCUCCUACCCAGUCUGCCCUGGCCACAGGGUUGCCCAGAGAAGGAUGAAGAAGGAUGAAUCCAGCCAUUUUCCAAUCCCCGUGCCAAUUAGCCCAUUAUCAUCCCCAAAGCGAAUGUGCCUGUGCCAGUCUCUGCUCAGGACUGAGUCAACCCUCCAACCUCCUCACCUCCCUGAACGCCAUUCACAGGAGUAUGCGCAUUACUGGGGUGCCCAGGGCCUUUGCCUUUGGGCCAAUCAUUUCUUCUCUGGGGCAGAGUCCCCCCCACUUGUGGGGGUAGAUUUAUACCUUCAAAUACUGCAGAGGCCUUGGGAAUAAGACUUAGGCCAUUUGUUUUGAUUUGGGGAAAGGGAUUUGAGGAAAGAAGAGAGGUUACGGGGAUGAGAGUGUUUCUAAGUCUGAACCUCUCUCUGUCCUGAGCUGUCCCCAUGGUUACUCAAGGACAAGGAGGGACAGUUUUGCCUCCAGAGACCCAGAGAACAAAGGGGUGACCCUCGUUUUCUCCGAGCUGGCCCCGUGGGGGUCUGUGAGCAGCUUCUACUGGAACGUUGUUUGGAUUCUGUGUACGUGUUUAUAAUUUAUUUACAAUGUGAUGGAUAAAGUGUUCUCCUUUGGGGGCCGAAGUUA